AUGACACAAUAUAUCGAUAGGUUUGAUGAAGCUCAAUUAGAUUUUCAACAAAUGAUAAUGUCAUUAAUCUUUGUAAUAUUAUUACUUGUUAUUGCAUUUAUUCUUUCAACCAUUUUUUUACCGUCAUCACAAAGUAAAGUAAUAAAAAAAUUUGAAAGAUUUGUCUUCAUUUGGUUAACAUUUGAUGCAUUGAUCCACUUAAUCUUGGAAGGCUCAUUUGUUUAUUAUUCAUUAAUUGAUACCAUUGAAAGAAGCCAAGGUCCUUUAGUUAAAUUAUGGCAAGAAUAUGGUAAAGCAGAUUUAAGAUGGUUACAUUCUGAUGCUACUAUAUUAUCUGUUGAAAUUCCCACAUCAAUAUUUCUUGGACCACUUGCAAUUUACGUUCUCUACCUUUUGAUCAAUAAUAAUGCAUCAAGACAUUAUUGGCAAAUAGUUCUUUGUGUCUGUGAAGUUUACGGAUGUUGGAUAACUUUUUGUCCUGAAUGGUUAACUGGAUCCAAAAAUUUAAAUACAGAAAACUUGAUAUAUUUAUGGAUUUAUCUCGUGUUUUUUAACGGACUUUGGGUAGUUGUUCCGUUGAUUUUAAUGCUCCAAUCCUGGAAUAUCAUCGUUAAAAAUGCAGAAAUUGUCAAGGAAUUGAAAGAUCGAAAGCUUGAAUAG